UACAAGUACGCUUUGUUUUAUUUUAAAAAUGACAAAAAAGUUGAAGUGGGCUCGGUAACCCAAAUUCAACCCGACGAUUUGGAGGGCUUAGACCCAGUGAUAGAAGAAUGUCCAGACCUUCAAAAUGACGAUGGAUGGAUCCAGGUCAGGUGGAAGGUGUUUGAGGGGAAAAAGAAGACAGAAAGUAGCUACGAGGCCAAAGUGUUGCUCUUCGGUAAUGACUACCCUGAUUUAUGCCAGAAACGAGAGGAGUUUGGCAGAAAGGGCUCCAACAUUUGGGACACUUCCCGCAAGCGAAUCCCCCCAAAAAAUUAACUGAGGAGGAGGAGGAGAUUCGGCCCAAAAAACCGAAGAAGGUGUCAUCGACAGCCCAGAGCCAGAAGGACAAGAAAAAAGCUUCGUCGGACAUGGUCGAAAAAUUGAAGGAAGAACUAAUGUCCACUAGGCAAGAGCCUGAGGAGAUGGAGGACGAGGCAUUGGAUGAACCAGAGGACCUGACCCACCCCCCCCUCCCCCGGACGUGGAGCCAGGCCAUCAUGGAAAAUCGGCGACUUCGAGAGUUAAACGAAGAACUAAAAGAAGAAAACCAGAACCUGAAGGGGGAGCUACUCGAUGCAGCCAGAGAGCUUCCAAAGGCUGUGAGGCAUCUGAAAAAGAUGCUGGAACGGGUUCAAGCUAGCCAGCAAGAGCACCCAAGCACCACAGCUGCAGCAGUGAUGUCAUCACCAACAUCUGCACGUGCUGCAAUGUCAUCUCCAACAUCUCCAGCUGCAAAACCAGUGAGGUGUCCAUCUGCUGAAGAGUCAUCUAAUGAGUCUAACAACAUGGUCUGUCUUGUGCCAGGUUCCGAUGUUUAUGUCUCAAAAGUCAAGCUGAGCGCACUACGCUCAACGACACAUGCGUCUUACAUUGGGGACCUGGCCGUUGUAGUCUUUGGCAGGGAUGCCCUGUCAAGCUCCAGCUUGACAGGCAGACAGUCUGCGGCGCACAAGGAGCUAGAAUGCAAGCCGUCAUUGGAUAGGGGAAAACUCGAAGCCUUAAUUGGGCAUGCCCGGAUCAAAUUUCCGUCUGUUUCCGUGUCUGAGGUGAGGCGUAUCAUCCGUCAGAAGUGUAACAACUUGGCCUAUACGUCCAAAAAUUAUAAGGUGAUUCAUUGA